UGUGGGUGGUUUCACUCGCCCCUCUUAGACGCUCCCAGGCUAGAGAGCAAGUAGUUGGCAGCGCUGGGCUCGUUGGAAAGUGGGGGGUUUGUCAGUGGUUGAGCUCCUGGAAGUGCCCAGUAGUAUUAAAAGCUGCACACGCUGGUGCAGAUCAGGGCCCGCCCUAUACCGCGGGGGCAGUGGCCUAUGUGGAGGCUACAGCUCUCAUGAAGCUUCCAGUGGGAUAGCUUUCUGAUAACAAAAUUACUGCACGACCCCAUGCCGCAAGGGCUCCCACAAAGUUAAGUGGCUUGGACUUCAGUCCCGCGGGGCUCGGGCUUUGGCAAGGCUGGCAUUAGACUCACUGAGUAGCAGGGCGGAAACUCUGAGCCUCCGAGCAUAGGGUUGAAGCCUGAGCCCAAGGCCCCUGGGGAUGAAGCCUUCUGGCUUCAGCUUUCUGCCCUGGACCCCAGCGAGUCUAAUGCCAGCCCUGGUGAUCCCAUUAAAAUGAACUCGCAACCUACUUUGGGGUCCUGACCCACAGUUUGAGAAUCGCUGAGCUACAGGAUCUAUCUGCUCUAACUAGAAAGCCAUUUGCAUCCAAACGGACCGUUGCAUGCUGGAACGUCUUGUCUCUAAGGCUACUCAGAUCUCGCUGAAGCAUUGCAUGCUGAGACUGAGCAAGAGUUAACAGUUUUGGUCAAUGGCUGCUUCAGGAAAGGUGGCUGCUUUCCGUCUACCACCUCUGCCCACUGUUAAAGAGAUUAUUAAACUGUUUAAUCUCCGAGCACAAAAGCAGCUGUCCCAGAACUUUCUCCUGGAUUUGAGAUUGACAGAUAAGAUAGCUAGACAGGCUGGCAAGCUGAAAGAUUCCCAUGUCUGUGAGGUGGGCCCUGGGCCAGGAGGAAUUACAAGAUCCAUUCUGAAUGCUGAUGUUGCUCAACUCCUGUUAGUUGAAAAAGAUACUCGAUUUAUUCCAGGACUGCAGAUGCUGUCUGAAGCAGCUCCGGGAAAAGUGCACAUUGUUCAUGGGGACAUUUUGACAUACAAGAUGGAGAGAGCUUUUCCAAAACACCUUCAAAAGAAGUGGGAAGAUGAUCCACCAAAUGUGCAUAUCAUUGGAAAUCUGCCAUUCAGUGUUUCAACACCUCUAAUCAUCAGGUGGCUUGAAAAUGUUUCCAAUAGAGAUGGACCUUUUGUUUAUGGCCGAACUCAGAUGACUUUGACUUUUCAGAAGGAAGUAGCAGAGAGGCUCACAGCCACCACGGGAAGCAAGCAACGUAGCAGACUGUCCAUCAUGGCUCAGUAUCUCUGCACUGUUCAAAACCGGUUCACAAUUCCAGGCCGAGCCUUUGUUCCAAAACCAGAGGUGGAUGUGUCAGUAGUGCACUUCACCCCUUUGGUGCAACCAAAGAUACAGCAACCCUUUAAGCUGGUGGAAAAGGUUGUUAAAAGCGUUUUUCAGUUCAGAAGAAAAUACUGCUGGCGGGGAGUGGAAAUCCUGUUUCCAGAAGCUGAACGCUUGGAAAAAAGUGAACAGAUGCUGAUGCUGGCAGAUGUGGAUCCAACUCUGCGUCCAGCUCAGCUCUCCAUUUUACAUUUUAAAAACCUGUGCAAUGCAUACAGGAAAAUGUGUGAUGAAGACGCAAGCCUUUUCAGUUACAACUACAGAGAAGAACUGAAGCAGAAGAAGAGAACUAGAAAAAAAGGACACUUGGAGCAGUCUGAAAGGGAAGACCAGCUCUAACGUGUCAGACUGUGCAUCUAAAAAUAAAGUUGUGUGCCUCAUUGUUUUAGUAAAAGGAGACAUAUAUAUAGAUGUGUAAUCUUGUGUAUAUAUGUAUGUAUAUAAAUAUGUUUUCCUUUAUUUUUGUUGAAAUACUGGGGGAGGGGCCAUUCCUAUCUUCCUUAUUUAUUUCAUUCUGCUCAGCAGGUUAAGGAUCCCAUGUUUUGGUGUAUCCUUCACUCUGGUCUCUAACUUUACCUUGCUGAAUCAGGAUCUAAAAGUUUGGGUAGACACAUGCUUCAGAACCUUGCUGAAUGCAGACCUCUCUGAAAUUAAUGGGAGUUUUUUGUAUGAGUGAGUCCUUAAAGUAAAAUUUUACUGACUAUUCCGGCAUAACAAAUAUUAUGUGAUAGUGUUUUUCUCCUUAUCCUGGAACACUCUACUGGGCAGAAAUCUUGUAUUAAUGCAAAUAGCUUCAAGAAUGAUUAAGAGUAUUAGCAGGCCUUCCGUGCACUUUUUUUAUUCCCAAACAAAAGAACUCUGUCUUGAAAGCUCCAGUAGGAGAAAGCUGCAAAUAAAGCAAGAAACUAGACAGAAUGCUGAUUUUUCUUUUACUGUACAAGUUGGUAGAGAAAAUAAAAAUACAAUCAAAUAAAAGAUUACAGAACA